AUGGCGGGGAAGUCUGACUCAGUGUCGAUCCGCGUUCCUUACAAGAACCUCCGACACGAUUCUUCUGCUCCUGAGCUCGAACUCGUCGAUAUCCACCGCCGCGGCCACCGGAUCCACGUCGACUCGCCGCCGUCAACUUACUCGCCUUCGCAGCAGAGCAACAAUGCUUCCCUGCCCAAUCUCGUUCUCAGUUGCACCGUCGCCGCCGGCGUCCAAUUCGGUUGGGCCUUGCAGCUCUCUCUCUUAACGCCCUACAUUCAGGUCCGGUAUUUGCGGUUGCGUGUUUCACCAGAUCCUUCUGUUUCGCGUACGUUGGGAAUAGGACAUGCGUUUUCUUCGUUUAUUUGGCUUUGUGGCCCCAUUACAGGCCUUGUGGUUCAACCCUGCGUUGGUAUUUGGAGUGAUAAAUGUACAUCGAGGUUUGGCAGAAGGCGGCCGUUCAUUCUGGCAGGAUCUCUUAUGAUAUCUGUGGCUGUAAUAUUAAUCGGAUUUUCUGCAGACAUUGGAUAUGUAUUAGGUGAUACACACGAGCAUUGCAGAACAUUUAAAGGGACUCGAACAAGGGCUGCUCUUGUAUUUAUUCUCGGGUUCUGGAUGCUGGACCUUGCUAACAACACGGUGCAGGGUCCUGCUCGAGCACUUUUGGCUGAUCUGUCUGGUCCUGAUCAACGCAAUGUGGCAAAUGCUAUAUUUUGCUCAUGGAUGGCUGUUGGGAACAUCCUAGGAUAUUCUUCUGGUGCUAGUGGAAAGUGGAACGAAUGGUUCCCUUUCUUGACCACUAGAGCUUGCUGUGAAGCUUGUGGCAAUCUUAAGGCAGCAUUUCUUGUGGCUGUGGUGUUUCUGACAUUAUGCACACUUGUCACCCUAUAUUUUGCUGAUGAGGUUCCACUUACUACUGCAAGUCAACAUCAUCACUUGGCAGAUUCUUCUCCUUUAUUGGAUGAACAACAAAAUGGUGUUGAAUUUUCAAAGUCAAAUCCUUUAUCUGUUACGGAUGGAUCCAACAGUAAGAUAACUAAGGAUCACAUUGGGAAAGAUGCAGAGCUAAAUCGUGGGAAUUUCAAAUCUGGGCAAGAUACUACGGAAAAUGUAAUGGAUGGGCCUGGAGCAGUAUUGGUAAACUUGUUGACAAGUUUAAGGCAUUUGCCUCCUGCUAUGCAUUCAGUCCUGAUUGUAAUGGCUCUCACUUGGUUGUCAUGGUUUCCCUUCUUUCUGUUUGACACGGAUUGGAUGGGGAGAGAAGUUUAUCAUGGUGAUCCAAAAGGGGGAACCUCUGAAGUAGAUCUUUAUGAUGAAGGUGUUAGAGAAGGUGCAUUUGGUUUGCUAUUGAAUUCUGUUGUCCUUGGAAUUAGCUCUUUCUUGAUUGAACCAAUGUGUAAGUGGAUGGGCACGAAAUUGGUAUGGGCACUGAGCAAUUUUAUCGUCUUUGUUUGCAUGGCUGGCACUGCUAUCAUUAGUCUUAUUUCCAUUCGAGAUUCUGAAGGGAUAGAACAUGUAAUUGGAGCAAGUGAAACAAUCAAGAUUGCUUCAUUGGUUGUGUUUGUUCUUCUUGGCUUUCCUCUUGCGAUUACCUAUAGUGUUCCCUUUGCUGUUACAGCAGAGUUGACUGCUGAUUCAGGAGGUGGACAAGGAUUGGCUAUAGGAGUUCUAAAUCUUGCAAUUGUUGUUCCUCAGAUGAUUAUAUCCCUUGGUUCUGGUCCUUGGGAUGCUCUAUUUGGUGGUGGCAAUGUUCCUGCCUUUGUUUUGGCUUCCCUUUGUGCUCUGGCUGGUGGUGUAAUUGCAACUCUCAAACUGCCAAAUAUGUCUAGUAAUUUCCAGUCAACAGGAUUUCAUAUGGGCUAG